AUGCAAGUUCAAGGCACAAUUACAUCCUGGACUUCUACUGCAAUUAAGAAUGGCAUUGAAAUAAAACCUGGUGCAGAAAUAUAUGACUAUUAUAAAGGGAUGUUCCAUGCAGGCUGCUCAAUAUGGAGAACACAGGGCUUAAAGGGUUUAGUGCAGGAGUACCUUGAUAGGCUACCGUUAAAUUUUGAAAAGACUAUUGACUGUUUGAAUAGUGUUAAUUCUACCAAUCAGGUUAAAGAUAUAGACAUGAAUGAAAAUACCAUUUCUUUUGUGGAGGAGUCUGUUAUGGAAAAGGUUCUCUAG